AAAUCCUCCACUGCAAAACUCAGAUAACAGAGAAGGAAACAAAAGAUGGCUAUUCAUAUUCCUCGUGUGAAACUUGGAACUCAAGGACUCGAGGUUUCGAAGUUGGGUUUUGGAUGUAUGCGUCUGUCAGGAUUUUACCAUGGUUCGGUGUCGGAUGAAGUUGGCAUAUCUAUCAUUAAGCACGCAUUCGAAAGAGGAAUCACUUUCUUCGAUACAGCCGACAUGUAUGGCCGUACAACUAACGAAGUCCUGGUCGGGAAGGCAUUGAAGCAUCUACCGCGAGAGAAGGUGCAGUUGGCUACGAAAUUCGGCAUCGUAAGCAUGGGACCACAUGGCCUCGUUGUCAAUGGCACUCCUGAAUAUGUGCGUUCUUCCAUUGAGGGUAGCCUUAAACGACUUGGCGUGGAUUACAUUGAUCUUUACUAUAUAAUCAGAGUUGACACCAACACUCCUAUAGAGGAUACUAUGGAAGAACUGAAGAAGUUGGUGGAAGAAGGAAAAAUAAAGUAUAUCGGUAUAUCUGAAGCUAGCCCCGACACCGUAAGGAGGGCACAUGCUGUUCAUCCCAUAACUGCUUUGCAAAUCGAGUGGUCACUCUGGACUCGUGAUGUUGAGGAAGAAAUAGUUCCCCUUUGCAGGGAACUUGGAAUUGGGAUUGUUCCAUAUUGUCCCCUUGGUGCUGGUUUCUUUGCCGGAAAAGCAAACGAGGCUAUCUCUGAAAAUAGUAAUCUGACAUUAUUCCCAAGGUUUCAAGGAGAAAACUUGGAAAAAAACAGGAUCUUAUAUUUGAAAGUAGAGAAGUUGGCUGAAAAGUAUGGAUGUACAACAGCACAACUUGCACUUGCCUGGGUUCUUCAUCAAGGGGAUGAUGUUGUCCCUAUUCCUGGAACAACCAAGAUAAAAAAUCUAGAUAGCAACAUAGAAUCGAUGAAAGUGAAGCUGACAAAAGAGGAUCUGAAAGAAAUUUCAGAUGCGAUCCCAAUCCAUGAAGUUGCAGGGGCUUCUAUUCCAGAUUUUUUAACCAGUUUCACUUGGAAAACUGGCAAUACCCCACCAAAGAAAACCACCUAGGCUAGCUGAUUUAAAACAAUAUUGUGUUUUGGUGAUUGGAUUUCCCAGGAAACCGCAGCCAAUGAAACUGUCUUGAUGAGUUAUCAAGGUAUUCGAUUGCCAUUAAUGGGGAGUUGAGAAAGAGCCGAUGCCUGUA